AUGGUUGGAAUGCCCGAGCCAGGGAGUGAGGUGCCCUUCCAAUGCUUUUCCAUCUUCGCAACAUCCUCUCCUAAGACUUUCUGGAUCAAGAGAUUCCUGGCCAAGAAACAAAAGCAGAAUCAGCCCCUUUGCCAAUGGAUUCAAAUGAAAACUGGUAAUAAGACCAUGUACAAUUCCAAGAGAAGACAGUGGAGAAGAACCAAGCUCGGUCUGUAA